AUGAGUAUACUGUUUGCUUGUGACAAAUCACCAAUUAUGUUCAAUUUCUCAACGAGUUUCCAAGGAGAAUCCAGAGGCAAAGGAAAAAAAGCAGAAUGGCGAUUAUUCAACGCCAAGGACUUUCAAUCUCUGAUAGUACUGUUGAUUGUAUGGGCCUGCGAAACAGGUAAACAUCAAGCUCAACAAAUUGGCACUUCUAUUCAUGAUGUAUUUAAUGUGACCACCGAUGAGAAAAUCAAAGAUGAGUUACAAAUAUUUUCUUUACAAAUACUUCAUUGCGACAAUACAUUUUCUGCGAAAGGUUUUUCUAUAGACGCGAAGCUGCUCGCUGCGAUAGCGAGUAACGUUAGCGUAUACGUAACAAUAUUAUUUCAAUUUAGAAAUAUAUCAGAUUCUUGCGUAUUAGGAAAGACGGCAAACAAUACAAGAGAAAUUUAA